AUGACUGAAUUCAUUCUUCUGGGUCUACUGAAAUACACCCCAACUCACUUCUGUCUCUUUGUGCUUAUCACCAUGAUGUUAAUAUUCAUGCUAACUGGAAACAGCCUCUUAAUUCUACUGAUCCUGGUAGACCACCAUCUUCAUAUCCCUAUGUACUUUUUCCUUUGGCAGCUCUCUCUCAUUGACAUACUCUUCACAGUUUCCUUUGUCCCCAAGAUGAUGAAUGACUACCUUCUGCAUAAGACAAUCAUCUCCGCUUUUCACUGUGGCACCCAGAUCUUCCUUGGGUUGGCCCUGGGUGGGACUGAGUGUAUCCUCUUGGGACUCAUGUCCUAUGACCGAUAUGUUGCCAUCUGCAAACCAUUACAAUACCCACUCCUCAUGAAUUGGCCCCUCUGUAGGUUGAUGACUGUUAGCUCAUGGACCAGUGGUACUGUCAAUGCCUUGAUACAUACUGUCUACACCAUGAGUUUUCCCUUUUGUGGAUCAAGAGAAAUCAAUCAUUUCUACUGUGAACUUCCUGUUGUGCUGCAUCUCUCCUGUGAGGAUACCUUGACCUAUGAGACUGGGAUUUUGAUCAGCACCACCAUUUUGCUUCUGAUUCCAUUCUCAGUCAUCCUUGCCUCCUACACACUCAUCCUGGUCACCAUUAUCCAAAUGGCUUCUGCUGAGGGCCGAAAAAAAGCAUUCUCGACCAGCUCAUCUCACCUGACAGUGGUCAGCUUAUAUUACGGUGCCAUCAUUUUUAUGUACAUGCGGCCAAUUUCUUCCCAUAUUUCAGGCCAAGAUAAAGUUGUGUCUGUCUUCUACACUAUUCUGACACCUAUGCUCAACCCGGUGAUUUAUAGUCUUCGGAAUAAAGAUGUGAUGGGAGCCCUGGAAAAAUGCUAUAGACAUAGUUUUCUCUCUGAGUCAACAUGUGUGCAGAAGAGCUGGGGGGCAGCAUUGGCAUGUGACUUUGGCCCAGCAACAGGGCCUGCACAUAUGGGCUCAAGACAGCAUGUUCACACAGCAGUACCCCCGGCCUCCUCACAGGAAAACAUACAUCUUGCUCAAGGUGCCACAGGACCUCAAGGGAGUAGCUCCAAUGGAACUGGAACCAGAUUGGUGACAGUGAUGACAGCAGCAGCUGCAGAGGCAGCAACAAUGGUGGAAGGAGCCAUCGCCAGGAGAGAAAAGGAGCUGUGCCUGGCAACAUCAGUGACUCAUGGUGGGGCACCGGCUGAAUUCCAUCCCAAAGAUUGUUCCUGUGUCAUUACAAAAUUAUGA